AUGCAACUAUUGUCGGAGGCGGUAGGGUCCUAUUACUCCAUGACCGAGUUUUCCCAUGUUGACAGACAAGCAGGAAACGCCGCUGCAAUGGCGCGAUACCCUCCUGCAGCCUCUGUGAGGAUUCAGGCAUUGAUUGUGUUUAUAAUGAAGCCGAUUCUUCGAGGUAAGAGUCCCGUUUUAUUCAAACUCUUGGCAACACUUCUAAACCCUGGUAGGCAUCGAGGAGAGACUUCCUCCUCGGAAUUCUUCCGCCGUCUUGAUGCAAUUGAGAGCUUUCUAUGGAGUCAGCCGAGACUCCCUCAAACACCCCAGACUGGUGAAACAAGAAGUGGUGGUUUUGCAUUCCCAUCGUCAUCUGAGCAUGAAAGAGCGGAUUUUUCUCAUCCCUCCACCAUGUUGAUUUCGUCCCCGUCAAGGCCCAACCCCGCGGAUAUCUCCCAGCUUAUCAGUACAAAUUCGUCUUCUUUCAUACCACCUGAACAUGACAUCCCGCCUAUGAGUAUUCCCAUCGGGCACACAACAACAACUGAAUAUAUGUUGCAUAUGAAUAGAGUAAAGACCCUCUUCGGAGAGUUCCCACCGGACCUGUUCAUACGCGCGGAAUCAAAAAGGCAUAUGCCGCACCAAUUAUCUUUCGUCCCAGGUACAAUUACAGCGAGUCAGCUACCAAUACUAGAUGAAGCGAACACUUAUCCACUGGUGGAGGCAUAUUUCAAACAUGUCCAUGUUGAGAUGCCAAUCCUUGACAAAGAUCAAUUUCUGGGGCUUUAUAAUCACCAUACUAGAGCCGGUCUAGGUGUCGACUGUGACUCUGCUUUAUGUCUUGCAGUUCUUGCAUUAGGAUCUGCAGCUCUCGAGCAAGUUGAUCCAAUAAAGUCUAUAUCUCCAUACUGGGUGCCUGGGGCAGACUUCAUUUCACCUGCGUUGCAGAUAUUGAUGAACGAAUAUUUACUGUCCUUUUGUCCCACAAUCACUCUGCCCCAGAGUUUGAUACUCAUUUCGAAAUACUUUGGGUUUCUUCUACGCCCCCUGCAAUCAUGGAAACUGAUCCAUAUGGCUUCAACCAGUAUCCAGUAUUUGAAUAGCCGAAGCCAAGCUUCUCCAGAUAAUCAUGAGCUCAAGUCCAGUAUUAUUCUACUAUCAUGGGCAGCAUUCGACACCGAGUGUGAUCUGAUCGCUGAACACCAUUUACCACGAAGUGGUAUCGAACAUGUAAUUGAUCUGACACCUUUCCCAACCUUUGCAAAUCAUGAUGCCCAAGAAACACACGUCUUCCUUGCUGAACUGUCUGUCCGUCGUCUGCUCAAUCGAGUACACCACACUAUGUACGGAAGUGAUUGGACAAGGCGCAGCCUUGGUCUACAGCCAGCUUCAAGCGGCAGCCCAUCGUAUGACUUCCAGUCACUCUCUACAAUACUGAGCGUCUCUCAAGAGCUUGACCGACAGCUUGACAAUUGGUUUAAUUUGUUGCCGGGAACAAUUAAACCAGAUAUUAACGAUCCCUCUCGAUGUACUGGCCUUCAACUUAAUAUGCUCCAUCGCUUUCACUCCGCCAAAGAUAUCAUAACCAGACCAUUCCUCCUUUGUGCAAUCGACUCAUCGCUUGAGAAUGAUCUUCCACCAAUGGUGCUCAAACAGUGCGAGUCUAGUAUAGUCAAUUGCCGAGCGUAUCUGGAUGCCUCGGCGCGGAGACUGAGGGGGCCAUCAUCUUGCGCGGAGAUCAUUAUUCAUACGAUGUUCUCUUCUAUUCUUCUCAUGACCCUAGGCUCUGUUUGUCCGGCUUUGGCGCAGUUGGUACCAGAUAUUGAUAUUCUGCAGAAGAACACGAUAGAGAGUAUCGAGCGAUUUGCCGUGGACUGCUCUUCGAUCCAGGAGAUUCAUGGGAUUAUUAUGUUAUUGCAUAGUAAAACACGAGUGCUUAGGCGGUCUAUGUGA